CCGAUAGACUCGUUCACAACCGCCCGACAAGGUCAUAACACGAAGACGUUUGACUCACCGUUCAAGGUCGACCCGAAAGUCGACGGCAAGAGGGACGACCCGAUGUGGCAUUUCGUAGCGAGAGGGCGUUAUUUGGAUGGGUCGACGGGGGCGGGUAGGAAGAGCGGUCGUCGAUGCCUGUGCAGGUUGUGCGGGCGUUCGAUUUGUGGAGGCGCUAAAGCCGCCAAGGAACACUUCUUGAAGAGCGAGAAGUUCCGAUGUGAGGCAGCCACUCCUGCUGUGUCGUAUGCGAUCUGGUCGAAGGACAUGACAAAAUGUCCAAAGGAGUUCACGUCGGCCAUAGAAACGUUGCAGAGCUUAUUGCCAGACCAUCCGAGCUUGCAGUGGCCACCUCUUCGAUUCCCCGAGGACGCAGUGCCGCUGCUGGUUCCUGCCACCGCCCCUUCAGGACCGGUCACAUCGCCCAAUUCUGGGGCUCCGGCUAUUCGAGUCACGGUAGCGCGUCCUGCAACAACAGUUGCAACACGACCGACAGCCCCGCCGUCUGCACCGCUGGCUGAGACACGAGGUGUUCACGAUGUGGAAGUUGGUCGUUCCACGCCAACGAACGAGCCCCCGCCUGUGAGGGAUAGUGCGGGCUCUGCGGCAUUUGACGAGGAGAGCACACGUGCUUUUAUUGAGAGUCGAAGGUGGGGGGGGAGUGUCGGCAGUUCAACAGUGCUCGCCCCUGUGUUCAGGAGUCGUAGACAGUCAGAUGUCGCACGGGGUGGUACUGCAGUGGCGCCCGGCGCAUCGCUCCGCGGUUCUUCAGAGCACCCCUGGCUGCCACCGCCACCGUCACGAGCGGCGCAGCGUCCUGUGGUCCACCACGCUCACGCAACCGCCCUCCCGGAUCCGUCACACGCACCUGCAGAUGCUCCACAAUCUGCCUCCGUGCCUCGUUUCGGGGAACAAGCGGAUCAUGGGGUGCCUGCCGAGGAGGUCCCCGCUCCGUUGUCCGAUUCAUCACCGACCCCGAUUCCGACAACGACGGGUAGUGAGAUCGGGGUAGCGUAUGUGGCCACCGACGUCAUGCACGGCAAAAAGGAUGCCAGUGCCCUCGCGAACGCAUGGUUGAAAAGGGUGAAGUCCAUGGACAUUGAAUUGAGCGACAUCACAGCGUUCGUGACGGACUCCGCCGGGGUGAACGUCGCGGCGAUGGAGGUAUUCGAAAAAGAUGAGAGCGUGAAACACAUCUUCUGGAUUCCUUGCGUCGCCCACAUCAUGGACCUCAUUCUCGAGGACAUCGGCGGGAUUGAUUGGGUGGCUUCCCGCAUUGCGCAAGCAAGGCUGGUUACACGGCGCCACAGACAUGCGAGAGAGGUUCUUGAGGCGUACUCGAAGAAUAUUUUUCAGCUACCGGCCGAGAUGCAUUUCGGCACGUACGUCAUCAUGAUGACGAGGCUGGUGGAACUGCGGGCAGAGUUGACACAGGUUGUGGGCGACGAUCGCUGGCGUGAGACCGUUUGGUCGACCAGCAAGAUCCGCAAGGACGCCGCGGAGGUCACUGCGUGUAUCGGCUCCCCUCCAUGGUGGGAGGAUUUGAGAGCUCUGUGCAAGAUACUCGAGCCCAUCAUGGACAUGCUGAGGUUGGUGGACAACUACACACGCCAGAUCAGCAAGAUUCUGCGACCUUACGAGGAGACGAUUGCAUCUUGUUUAUCCGCAUGUCGUGACAUUGAUCGGGACCAGCAAGACGCUAUUGUGGAGGUGUUCCUCAGGCGGCGCACCAUGUUCAAGACCCCUGCCCACACGGCAGUCAUGCUGCUAGAUCUAGAGUUCCGGGACGCAACGCUGUGUGACGAUGCGGAGGUGCAGCAGACCUUGGUCAAGGCCCUGGUCCAGUUCGGCUACCCGGAGGGAUCGCCGCAGCACUAGGAGGUCCAACGAGCGGUCGCCAAGCUCCACACGAGGGAGCCCCCUUUCGAUG